CCUUGUGCCCCAGCUGGUUUCUUUCAGGGAGUUAGUUGCAUAUGUGUGCAUCCACUGGCAGUUGGCACAUUAGCCAGCAUCAUGGAAAGAAGUCUGAAGAAUGUCCUUGUGAUCUCCUUUGGUUUCCUUCUCCUCUUCACUGCUUAUGGAAGCCUGCAGAAUCUACAGAGUAGCCUCCACAGCGAGGGUGGCCUAGGGGUGGCGACACUCAGUUCACUCUAUGGUGCUGUUCUCCUGUCCUCCAUGUUCCUCCCACCCAUCUUCAUCAAGAGGUUCGGCUGCAAGUGGACCAUCAUCGGUGCCAUGGGCUGCUACGUGGCCUUCUCCCUGGGCAACUUCAAAAGCAGCUGGUACACCCUAGUCCCUACCUCAGUGCUGCUGGGGCUGGGCGCGGCACCACUGUGGUCAGCACAGUGCACCUAUCUCACCAUCCUGGGGAACUCGCAAGCCAGGAAGGUGGGAGAGCUUGGCAAGAAUGUGGUGAACAAGUACUUCGGUGUCUUCUUCUUCAUCUUCCAGUCCUCAGGCGUGUGGGGCAACCUCAUCUCCUCUCUGGUGUUUCACCAGACUCCUAAUAAAGAAUUCUUUUCAGAGGAUCAGCUCAUGUCCUGCGGGGCCAAAGACUGCCUGAUGUCUACAGUGGCUGCCAACUACACCACGCAACCUUCCCAGAAGCUGGUCUACACGCUGCUGAGCAUCUACACAGGGAGUGGUGUGCUGGCGAUCCUGCUUAUAGCCAUUUUCCUUGAGCCCAUAGAAGAUAACCUGCCAAACAGGGAAGGGGAGGAGAAGUCACCGCCAUUCCGGUCCACACUAUUAUCAACCUUCAUGCUGCUCAGAGACAAACGUUUGCAUCUCUUGAAUCUGCUGCCACUAUACAAUGGAUUGCAACAAGGAUUCAUGUCUGGUGAAUACACAAGGUCCUAUGCCACCUGCGCCCUGGGAAUCCACUUUGUGGGCUACGUGAUGAUCUGCUUCUCAGCUGCCUCCUCACUGUGCUCCCUGCUAUAUGGAAAGAUCUCCCAGUACACUGGCCGGGCCGUGCUCUAUGUGCUGGGAGCAGUGAUACACGUCUCCUGCAUGGUCACCCUCCUGCUGUGGCAGCCACACCCUGCCCAGAUGGCCGUGUUCUUCAUCCUCCCCGGCCUGUGGGGUGUGUCAGAUGCUGUGUGGCAGACACAGAACUGCGUGCUGUAUGGUGUUCUGUUUGAAAAGGACAAGGAAGCAGCCUUUGCCAACUACCGCCUCUGGGAAGCCCUGGGGUUUGUCAUCGCCUUUGGGUGCAGCACGUUUCUAUGUGUCAGCACCAAGCUCUACAUUCUGGCAGGAGUCCUGACGCUGGCCAUGGCGGCUUACGGGACUGUGGAGUACAUGGAAUCCAGGAGCCUCACCCAGCUCUCUGCUGCAGGAGGCCGAAGUCAAGCAGAUGAAGGGGAAACUCAAACACAAAUGUGAAAGAAACCCAGGGUGUGUCCAAGGAUCCUCAGAAAGUGUUAGCAAAGGGGUUUUAUUUGAA